CGUCUUCGUCAUGGCCAUCGCAUAGAGAUGGCCUGUUCACUGUUUUCUUGCCCACCAAGUGACGAAGAUGUUCGAGAGACGACAUUUGCACCAUGAUGUACCUUGCGCUUUUGUCAACUCAACCUGAUCAUCGUCUGGCGGCCGCCGUACCUAUAGAUGCUGACUCCGCUUUUGUCGAUUUACACAUUCAAGGUUCUAGUGCUGACGUAGUACUGCAGAUGAUGGAUCCUUGAGUGUAGAAGAACAGGCAUCAAUCAACGUUGAUGCACUUGUUAACGACAGCGACAAUGAGCCACUACGACCCGCUCCAAGCACUCCACUAAGCGGACAAUUCUUCGAGCAUCCUCGGCGAUCGACUCCCACUAUACCGCCUGGCUUCACAGCACCAGCUAUUCCCAAAGCGGUCCUUGAAGAGUCACGUUCGCGUGCUGGAUCUCGACCAAUGUCUCGAACUACAUCCUCGACCAUCACACCGGCCGUCCCUGUCGUCCCUGCCACGCCGCUUGUCAACUCAACGCCCAACAAGAACACCAAGGGCAAGCAGAAGGCCGAGACUAUCGAACCUGUAACCCCUGCAGCAGUACCUACCGCGACCACUGUCUCCAAGCCCUCGCCUGCACCUGUGACACCCUCAAGGACGACGACUAGGGAAGCAGUUGUCGUUCCCCAGACACCCAAGGAACCCACACCCAGAGAGGCUUCCAAGGCAGCCAAAGAGGAUGUUGCCCAGACACCUAAGUCUACACCAGAUACCAAGAAGUCGAUGGCGGAAACGAUUAGCAAGGAUACGCCGAAGUCGAAGGGUGCUUCCAAGAAGGCCCAACCUGCAGUUCAGACUACACCGAAGAGAGAGCCACAAAAAGAGACAGCGCGCACUCCUGCAGCGACCGCGACACCUCCAGCUUCGACCAAGCGACAGCCUCCUGGCAAGCUCGAUAUUCAAGCAGCAACUAAGCUGCCGGUCGAAGCAGGCUCUCCAGCUGCAAACUCAUCCAAAACAGACUCACAGACAAAAAACAGUCGCUCUGUGCCAACAACGUCAGCCAGUUCUGUACCCCCAAGUCCCGCCGCAGCGGUGACUGGAUCGCCAAUCAAGCGCGCGGGUGCACCGAGAACUUUGCGUGUCGUCGCGACACCAAAAACAGAAGUGCCGCCGCCUAUUUCAGCCGCAUCACAACCGUCCUUGCCUCAGAUCCCAACGGUCGACAAGCUUCGAUCUAGGCAAGCUAGUAUCGCUUCUGUCAACAUACCAGGCACGCCGAGCGAAAUAAUAUCGGACACUGCUUCAGUCACUUCGACAUCGUUUUCAAGGGCCAGCUCACCGCCUCCGAUCGGCGGUAAGGUUGGGACUGCGCCCGUGAGGAAGAAGACAAAGUCACAAGCCAAGAAGGAUAGACAAGAACGAAAGAAGCAGAUAGAAGAAGAAAUACUGGAAGACAACAAGUCCGAUGUUGAGGUAAUGCAAGCACCAAUCGUCGGGCGCAAGAAGAAAGCCAAAAAGCCGACAACAAACGUCAAACCCAUUGCCGCUGCAUUCAAGAGUCAGCCAGCGUCGCCUAAGCCAGCUACUGUUGAAGAGCAACAACCCGAAGUGCCAACAGUGGCAUCGCGGAGAGUGUCUUCGGCAAAGAUCUCGACAAUAGCAACGCCUGAACCCGAGCCCGAGCCCGAGCCCGAACAGCCUAAGGAAAAGCGGGAACAUUCAGCUCAAUCGAUCAUGGCUGACUUGCAGCGCACGGGCGAGCUCCUUGCGUCGACUCUUGAGUUCUUCAAACCGCUGUCUUCGUCACUCGCUCAUGCUACUCGCUCUACCCAGAAUGGCAAUGUGUCCACACCUCCGGAUCUGAAGCUGCACUUUUCCCAAGCCGAUCUCGAGGCGCUUGCCAAGAAGAAGCCAGUACGUCUGAACAGCCAAGACGCAAAGCCAGACUCCAGGACUCUCAUCACACCCAACGGCAAAUUCUUCUGGGGAUUGACUGAGGAGCUUGAGAACAAGGCACUUGAGCUUGAGAAACACAUCGAGGAACUCAAAGGCCAUGCCCGUUUCCACCCUCGUACGCAAACUGCACACGGUCACAGCAUGACUUCUUCGGCGCAUUCAAAUGACGUCCUCCCAGCUAUCGCCACUGCACUCAAGGAGGCAGGUAAGAAGCUGAAUACCAACGGCGGGCAACAGAUGCCGCGACUGGACAAUUCUGCGGGGCUUCUCGGUUCGACCAACCUUCCCUUGCCACCCGUACAAGGACAAGAUGCGUCUAUGCCUCAGGUCCCUCCUCCACAACAGCAGCAAACACCCGCUGAUGCGGGCGCUUACCUCAAUCAAUACGUUCUCCCCAAGACGGACAACCCGCCGCCAAAUCAGCCCCGCCCCGAGAUGGCGGCAGUUGGUGGCGCACCUGGAGCUGGGACAGCAAACAUAUCUGUCAAUUCGAACCGAUUAGCCAAAGCAGCUAAAGCAGUUGUUGAAGGAGGAGCGGUAGGAAGUACGGAAAUAGACGGCAUGGGAUUGAUGGCGGCCGAUAAGCUCGGCGGCGUAUUUGUGCAGGGUCUCGAAGCGCUCGUGGGUGCUGGACUUGGCUACCAGUCUUCACAGGAGUUUGGUCUCGACGGCAACGGCAACAUCACCUUUGGAAAUGGCAGUGGAAGCGGACUGGACAUGCAGGGAUUGAUGAACGCGAUUGAGACGACAGCUGGAAUGGGUGGAUAUGGCGGCAACACGAGGAGAGGAAGAGGUAGUGUGCUGACUAUGGAAGAGGCGGAGCAGGCCAUGCACGCGGCGAGGAGAGAACACGACGUGCUGGAGAAGAAGCUCAACGCGUUGAUCAAGAAGAACAAGAAGCUCGCGACUGGCGUAGGAAAGUAGUGGCGGCUUGGAGUUGAUGGGAGUCCCCGUUGUGUAUAGCAUAGGUGGUUGACAGAUGAUAUGCUUGGCAGCUAUCGACUAAAUCCAGAUCAUUGUUUGGUAGCAGAAGUGCUAGUACUAUGACAUCGUAUAUGCGCGACGGAUUUAGCUUGCUCG